GCCGCGGCACCGCCAUGCUCCGUGCCCGGCGGCCGCAGGGCGAGCGGGAGCAGGAGGAAGGUCAGGCACCGCCUUCCGCUUCCUGCGCGGCGGGGGGCCGGGCUCGGGGCACGGAGCGAUCGCUGCCCGCCCCCAGCGUCACGUCGCCGGGCAACGCGCGGCCCCGCGGCCCGGUCCCGCUCCCGUCCCCCAUGUCCGACCCGGCGGCCGCCGACGGCCCCGGCCCCCGCACCAGCGACUGGUACCGCACCAGCCCCGGCCUGCCCGGCCGCUUCCAGCAGCCGGCCUGCUUCCGCGGCUACGGGAAGCCGGAGCCUCACCCCCGGUACCGGACCACCAACCAGGCCUACGGCAGCAAAGCCCCCACGGUGCACGAGGUGCCGACCUCCUUCCACGUCACCUCGCACGCGUUUUCAAGCGCUCUGGCGCAGUGUGGCAUGUACAGAAAUAACGGGCUGAACACCUCCCUGGAGAAGAGCCACGUCACCGGCCCAGACAACUUCAUCACCGCCUAUGACCACCUCAAUUUCCAUCCCAGCUACAACCCAAGCGGCCCGUCGCACUGCUAGAUCUGCAGCAGUAACCAUGACAGUAUGAAAUGAAACCACGAUUUACUGCUGGCUGCCUAGAUUAAAAAAAAAAAACCACCAACAUAACCCAAACAACCUAUGAGCAAGCAAACAACAGCCAUGACCUUAUCCUAAAUCUGUUACUAAGCCUCACGUGAGAGCAGACAGGAGGCACUACGCUGUUGCAGCGUAGCUGCUAAACGAGGUUACAGGCUAUUUCAUGGAGAAUAAGGCAGGUUUCUAUUACACUCACCCCUGUGCCAUCAGGCUGGGACGAAGCACGCUUACUGAGCCCUUGGCUUCAGGUUACCUUCUCCUGAACGCAGACCUGGGAUGCCGCAGUUGCGCUGGGGAGAGUGAAACUCUAUAGACCAUCAGGAAAAGAAUUCCCGUGGCACGCUAAUCAGCAGCAGAUGAAGGCCUGUGCUCCACACUAUUAACCAUGUAACUCAGGAUUUAAUGGGAUUUCUUUUUUCUCCUGAACACAGGAAAAUAAAAUCUUUCGGCUUGGUAAUGUGA